CCUCAGCCCAGGAUGCACUGCAGAGAGACUCUUCUGGAGUCUGAUCUUCUCGAGCAUCAGCUGUGGUCAUGUUGUGUUUUUGGGGAGCGCAGGUCAGAGAGGGUUUUGAGCUGGUGAAGCCUGACCAAGUCAAACAUGGCGAUUCUGGAAUACGAUCUGUGUGUCCGAAAUCAGCAGUUCAGGACAUGUCAGCUGGAAGGAGUUUUGUUGGGUUUAUACGAGAUGGGAAGGUCUCGGUCCUGAGAUUGCGCAGUGAAGACUAUGAUCAUGAUGGAAAACUGAAGCAACUACAGCUAAAGAAUAAAAUCAGACUGAUCGUCUGUGGAGGAGAUGGUGCGGUUUUUCUUGCUAAUGGAGGAAAUGUUCUCAUUAUGGACAAAUCUACUGUGUGCAAGCCUCUCAAAAGUCUGGAUAACAGGCAGGUGAUUCAGAUCGCAUGUGGAGACCAUCAUUCAGUGGCACUAACCAAGGAUGGUCAGGUGUUGGUAUGGGGUGAGAACUCUCAUGGUCAGCUGGGUUUGAGGAAAGAUCAUCCCGGCUCUCCGUCUGCUCAACAUGUUCAGAGUCUGAGUGGGAUCCCGCUGGCUCAGAUCAGCGCUGGAGGAGACCACAGCUUUGUGUUGUCUCUCUCUGGAGUCGUGUUUGGAUGGGGAAAGAACUCUGCUGGACAGCUGGGCCUCGGAGACACUACAGACAGACACGUCCCAACGGCUGUAAAUAGUCUGAACCAGAAGAAAACUGUGUCCAUCUCAUGUGGAGGGGAACACACUGCCACUUUAUCAAAGGGCGGCACAGUGUUCACAUUUGGAUCCGGAGGUUGUGGUCAGCUUGGGCACAACUCAUUUAGAGAUGAACAUCAUCCGCGGGUGGUUACUGAACUGUGGGGAUCUGAAGUGUCACAGGUCACAUGUGGGAGACAUCACACACUCGUAUCAGUCACAUCGUCAAAGCUGAUCUACUCGUUUGGAUGUGGGACACAAGGGCAGCUGGGAAACGGAGAAAUGAUCAAUAAGUCUGUGCCUUACCCUGUGGAUCUGCCAACUGAAUGUAAUCAUGAAUAUACGAUUGAAAAACUCCUUGCUGGGGAGAAUCAUUCCUUUGCCUUGUCUUUCAAGGAACCUGGGAAUGAGUCCAAACCAAAUCCAAGCAGAGGGAUUUUGACAUUAGAUGACAGAAUGAUUGAGCGAUGGCUAUCUAAAAGUGAACCAAGGAAAGUGGUAAAGAAAAUGGCAAAGAAGGACAUAAACAAAGUAUUCUCCUCUGCUGCCUCUCUGAAUGGAAGCUUCCUCAAAACAAGUUGCGACCAACAUUAUCAGACAUCUGAGGAUCAUUGUGGGUUGGAUUUUGAUCUGGUUAAAACAUCCUUUGCAAAGUUAUCAAAGAAUGAAAGCUUGAUAUCAGAGGUAGUGAAGGUGGUUGAACAGAUGCUGCGAUCUCUGAAUCCAAAUCCAACUGGUGUGGAAUCGCUGAGAGUUUAUCUUCUCCUCCCUGAGCUCAUCAGACGUCUCCAGAAACAUCGAAGAACUGAACUCACUGAAGCUCUGGCCUCCAAAAUCCUUCAGCUGGAUCCUGAUUCUCACAAGGUGUUAGAGAAGUACUGGUCCAAACUCCCUGAUGGUUGGCUCAAAGGCCUGGUGAAGUUAUUUAGAAAAGCUUCAACUUCCAUGAUUGGCAGGAUUGCUGCUGACAGCAUGAACUUGGACAUAAAAACACGCCUGCCGAAAUUUGUGCAGAUCCUUGCGAUGGUCUAUCAGGUCUGCUGCAGUGCUAACAGAAACAUCACAAAGAGUGAUUUCAUUAUUAAUGAGAUCAAUGAUCUACUAGAUGUGCUGCAAACCAUCAAUGACGAUAUGAAUAACAACUGGGUGAUGUUGAACUGGACUGGACAAAUCCAAGCAGUGAUAGACCAGCAAAACUACUACAAUGCAAUCCUAAAAAAUCUUAUAUCACUUCCAUGCAUCUUUAACCUGGAGGCCAAAUGUAGCUAUAUGAAAAACAGAGUGUGGCAGGGUUGUUUUCCGCUGACCCUGAGACGCACAGCGCUGCUGGAGGACAGUUUCUCUCAGCUGAGAAUGGCCACUCAGCAACAACUCCGAGAAUUUUGGCUGUCGGUGUUUUACACAGAGGAUAUGAGAAAAACAGAUGUCAACAAGAGGGACUUUUUUCACAACGUGUUUGAAGAGCUUUGUGCACCAGAGUCUCAGAUGUUUAUGUACAAUGAUAACCAAACUAUGAGCUGGUUCCCAGCACAGCUCAGCGUGGAGAAGGAGAAGUACUUCCUGUUUGGGAUUCUGUGUGGCUUGGCCUUCAACAACAACUCUGUAGUGCAUCUGCCUUUUCCUUUAGCCUUGUUCAAGAAACUUCUCAAUGUCAAACCAUCUCUUGAAAACUUGAUUGAGUUUGAUUCAUGUCUUGGCAAGAGUUUGCAGUACAUCCUAGACUACAGCGAGGAUGUUGAGGAAAUGGAGAUGUACUACACGAUCAUAUGGCACGGAAUAGAAAUCGAACUGGAUCCAGCUGAGCCAGGAAAAAUGGUCACAAAUUCUAACAGAGAAGACUUUGUGGACAAGUAUGUGGAUUAUAUCCUGAAUAAAUCAGUGGAGGAAGUGUUUGAAGAAUUCAAGAGAGGCUUCUUCAAAGCAUGUGACCGAUGCAUGGUGGAGAUGUUUGAACCGGAGGAGCUGAGAGGAGUGCUGGUGGGCAAUGAGGAAUAUGACUGGGACAUACUCAAACAGAACACUACAUAUGAAGGAUCAUUUUAUGCUGGGCAUCCAACCAUCGUCUCAUUCUGGGAGGUGUUUGAUGAACUGACAUCAAAUGAGAAGAAGGCCUUUCUGUUGUUCUUGACCGGGUUCGAGAAAGUGCCCAUUCUGGGUAUGAGUGCGGUGAAGAUGAGAGUGAGACCCCUGUUCAUCUUUACUCAGGACCAUCUACCACAGGCCCUCACCUGCCAUGCUCUGCUAGACCUUCCUGUUUAUCAGAAGAAGGAAACGCUAAAGGCUAAAGUAAUCGAAGCCAUCCACCACAAGAGAGGUUUCUGGGAAGAAUGAGGCAGAUGCUGGAGUAC